GGUUUUUCCAAGUAGAGGGAGAGAGAGGAUUAGAAACGCAAGGCCACGCCACUCUCUCUCAAGCCUCAACCAGCUUCUUUUUUUUUUCUUUUUUUUUUCUUUACCCUCUUCCCUCUCUUUCUCAUAACCCAUCUAGGGUUUUAGCUCUUCGCUUCUCUCAAACCCCUCACUCUUUUCUGUUUACUCUUUCAACAUGAGCAACGACAAGGAUAACUUCAACAUGGCUGAUCUCAGCGCCGCUCUUAAUGACGGGGAUCGAGCUGGCCUUGUUAAUGCUCUCAAGAAUAAGCUACAGAGUUUGACUGGACAGCACUCUGAAUUGCUCGAGAACCUGUCUCCAACUGUUAGGAAGCGUGUUGAGGAUCUCAGAGGGAUCCAGAGUCAACAUGAUGAGUUAGAGGCAAAAUUCUUUGAGGAGAGAGCAACCCUUGAAGCGAAGUAUCAGAAAUUGUACCAACCAUUAUACACUAAGCGAUAUGAGAUUGUGAAUGGUGUUGCUGAAUUUGAAACUAAAAAUGAAGCGGCAAUGGACCAAGAGGGGGAAAAGGCUGCUGAAGAGAAAGGCGUUCCUGAUUUUUGGCUUGUCGCAAUGAAGAACAAUGAAGUGCUAGCUGAGGAGAUUACUGAGCGUGAUGAAGGAGCUCUCAAGUACCUUAAAGAUAUUAAGUGGCAUAGGAUAGAGGAUCCCAAGGGAUUUAAGCUUGAGUUUUUCUUUGAUUCCAACCCUUAUUUCAAGAACUAUGUUUUGACAAAGACAUACCACAUGAUUGAUGAAGAUGAGCCCAUUCUUGAGAAAGCAAUAGGGACUGAGAUUGAAUGGUAUCCAGGGAAAUGCUUGACCCAGAAGCUUCUUAAGAAGAAGCCCAAGAAAGGAUCGAAGAAUGCCAAGCCAAUUACCAAAACUGAAGAAUGUGAAAGUUUUUUCAACUUCUUCAGUCCACCACAAGUUCCUGAGGAUGAUGAAGAUAUUGAUGAAGAUACUGCUGAGGAACUUCAAAAUCAGAUGGAGCAAGAUUAUGACAUUGGGUCAACCAUUCGAGAUAAGAUCAUCCCCCAUGCUGUGUCAUGGUUUACUGGGGAGGCAGUUCAGGGGGAUGAGCUUGGAUUGGAUGAUGAUGAGGAGGACGAGGAGGACGAGGAUGAUGAUGAUAUUGAUGAGGAUGAGGAGGAGGACGAGGACGAGGAUGAUGAUGAUAUUGAUGAGGAUGAGGAUGAGGUUGAUGAAAGCAAGACCAAAAAUAAGUCAUCUGCUGGGAACAAGCAGAAAAGUGGAAAGGGACAAGUUGGGGAUGGUCAGCAGGGUGAGCGGCCUCCAGAAUGCAAGCAGCAGUGAAGUUUGAUUGCUGCAGCAUACUUGUCAAGUGUUGAUGCCAUGUUUGGAAGAGGAGAUAGGAAGGGGCGUUGAAUUUUUGGAUGUUCAUUCAUUUCUUUUCUUUUUUUUUUAUUUCUUUUUUUUUUUCACUUUUACAUUAGUAUGCCAUAUUCUGAACGAAUGGUCUGGACUUCUAUUUAUCCCCUGGUGGUUUGGAGGGGAAUGUGGUGAAAUAGGUUAUAAGAGGUUUUUAUGCUUUUGAUUUUGUUUUCCUAGUGGGAUUUCCUUCUACUAUUAAAUGAACUCUUCUCCCCUUGCUUUUA